AUGGCCGCUGUUGUUGGUUUCUUGAGACGUGUUCAAGGGGGAAAUGUUGAUACUGUCCGGUGGAGACGGCGUCCCCCUCGCCCCAGGCUUUCCAGGGAUCGGUUGAAUCCACUGGACCUCCGAACAGAUGACGAGUUGUUCGAGAGAUAUCGUUUUCGCCGCCCUACGAUAAUGUUUAUUCAGGACAGAAAAACCCAUCCUAGCAAGAGAUCGUUGGCCCUUUCAGCGAUGAUUCAGCUGCUGGUUUUCCUCCGGUUUGUGGCUACGGGGGCCUUUCAUCAACUUGUGGGGGAUGCCAUCCACAUCUCCAAAGCCACGGCAGGACGAUGCAUCCGCAGGGUGGCAUCUGCAAUAGCGAAUGUUGCUGGUCGUUUUAUUCGCUUUCCUUCUGGACAGGAUGCCACCAACGUAAAGAGAAUGUUUCAUGCUAUCGCAGGGUUCCCUGGUGUCUUGGGGUGUGUUGAUGGUACUUUUAUCCGCAUCCAAACUCCUACUGAAAAUGAGCUGAUUAUGUUAAAUAAAUUAAUGUUUAAUUUGAUCAUAUUUCAGAUGACCUGUGAUGCUAAUUUUAUGGUGACCAACUGUGUUGCCAAGUGGCCAGGAUCUUGCCAUGAUUCAAGGGUUUUUCGAGAAAGUGUUCUCUGUCAGCAGUUUGAGAAUGGUCAGCAUAAUGGUAUACUUUUGGGGGACUCCGGGUACCCUUGUCGGACAUAUCUAAUGACGCCUUACAAUACCAAUGAUGUCAGGUACAGAGAGCGAUACAACAGUGCACUGUGUAGAACACGAGUCCUUAUCGAGCAGACAUACGGCAUACUAAAGAGAAGAUUCCCUUUCCUUUCCAUUGGCCUUAGAACAAGCCCAGAAAGAGCCUGUCAGUAUGUGAUAACCUGUGUUGUCCUGCAUAAUAUAGGGAUCCUGAGGCAAGAUAUUGUGUCCCUUGACCCACGUGACCUAAUCAUAGCCGGUCCAGAUGUGGAUGAGAUCAAUCACGGUAACAACAGUGGUUUUGGAUACAGGGAACUCAUUGCCAGACAAUGUUUUUAUUACUAAUUAAUAUCUCAGGCCAUUCUCUUCUUAAUUCAUGAGAAACUAGGAAAAAAUAAUAAUUUAUAACUUGUUCAGUUCUUACAUAAUAUACAAUCAUAAUCACAAAGCAGAAGUCAUUUAUAAAUUUAUACUGCUUGCAGUUUAUUUAAUGUUUUCUCCCAUAUCAGUUAAAUCACACAGUGCACUGUUGUAUC